CCCACACCCCUGCAAGGCUGCUCGGUUUCCCGGGGAAGGAGUUGCUUGUAACUCGCUCCCCUACGGGCGGCUUUCUCCACACGCUUCCUGAGCCUUGUGCUGCUCGGAGAGAGGCGGCCUGCCGGAUCCUCUCGGGACAUGAGACCCUCGCUCCGUCCCCAUCGCCAGCUGAGCGAGGAGCCGGAUGGCAGAGGCGCCCGCGACUGCCUACCAGCCCGCCGUGCCUGCACGCCCCGCUUGCGUUUACACCAGCUGUUACUGCGAAGAAAACGUAUGGAAACUUUGUGAAUAUAUCCGAAGCCAGAAUCAAUACCCUUUAGAAGAAUUUUAUGCUGUUUUUAUUUCCAAUGACAGAAGGAUGGUGCCACUUUGGAAACAGAAGGCAAGAGGUGGAAAUCAACCAGUGAUCUGGGAUUACCAUGUUAUUUUACUUCAUGUAUCAAGUGGAAACCAGAACUUUAUUUAUGAUCUUGACACAGUGCUACCUUUCCCAUGCUCUUUUGACACUUAUGUUGAAGAGGCCUUUAAAUCGGAUGAUAUUCUUGAGCCCGGAUUUCGAAGAAAAGUCCGAGCGGUUCGAGCUGAUUUGUAUCUGAAGACUUUUGCUUCCGACCGGUCCCAUAUGAGAGAUGCCAGUGGGAACUGGCUGAAGCCGCCUCCGCUUUACCCCUGCAUUGAAACUGCAGAUUUCAAGAUGAACCUGGACGAUUUCAUCAGUAUGAAUCCAGCUGUAGGAUGUGGGUCUGUGUUCCCACUCCCCGAAUUCGUGCAUGGGUUUGGCAAUCAGAGCUGAUUUCAGCUUACAAUGAAGGACAGUGAAAUCAUUCCAGUUGGAGCAUCGCUUUGAAGACGCCAGUCUAUUUAUUGAUUUUAAUUUGUUGGAAUAAUAUUAUUUGUUGCACUUUUGGA